UUUUUCUACCUCCGCCUCGAUUACUUUAUCCAUUUCUGCCCCGUGGUGUCUCUUUUUUUGCUUCACCGGUCUUACAGUGAGGUCGAUGGUCAACCGGUGCUCAAUAACUUCUGCCUUGAUGCCAGUCAACUCCUCCGUCGAGUAUGCGAACACAUCCGCAAAAUCUCUAAUCACCUUAAUUAGCCUCGAUUUCACUGGCUCCUCCAAUUCCUUCCCGAUCCAAAAUUUCCUCUCUUCGCACCCAUUGACCAUCUAUAUCUCCUCCACUUCGCCACCCGGCUGUAUUUCUACAUUCUCCUUCCCCUUCUCUUUCUUAUGCCUCUCCUCCUUCGACAUCGACCCUCCCGGUCGAUUAACAUCAUCCAUCUUAGG